AUGCGUUAUCUUCCAAUCUUAGGUUUUCUAGGGUCGUUCGCUAUCGCCACCAUCGAUGCUGUGUCUCUGCCGCAGGAUGUACCUCGUGAUGUCUCGGGUUUUCGGCAGAAACAUCCAUACAAUCCUCCCAAGCAUGAGCAACGCAAGAUAAUAAAGGUCCGCACAUCUAAAGAUCACCAGGAUGAUGUUUCCGAAGACUUCAAGCGUGGUGUGCGUCAGGCUGAUCGGGGUAACACCUUGUACUUGCCACAUGGUCAGACAUUCGUCAUUGGGAAGGCGCUUGAUUUGACUGGACUCAGUGAUAUUCACAUUCACUUAGAGGGCGAGAUCCGGUUUACGGAUGACGUUAAAUAUUGGCAGGAAAACGCUUGGUAUCACCCUUUCCAAAAGUCCAUUAUGUUUUGGAAAUGGGGAGGGCAAGAUAUCAAGACCAACACAGGUGCCGCAUGGCUGACAGUAGUAGACAACGCUGGUGGAAUGAGUUUGAGGCCGGUACAGGCUCAGAACACGACCAACCUUGAUGUUUCCGGUAUUCAUCUCAAGGACUCACCCUGCUGGAACAACUUCAUCGUGAGCUCCAAGAACAUCUCAUUCACCGAUGUCGUAGCAACCGCUCUGUCAAAUAAUGGUAGCAUCAUACCCAAGAACACUGACUUUAUGAAUACAAUGAACACUUCGACCGUGCGAAUUGAGAGGACAUGGGUCAAUAUCGAUGAUGACUGUUUCUCUCCCAAGCCUAAUAGCUCCGAUCUUUACGUCAACACUAUGUACUGUAACGGCACACAUGGCCAAUCUAUGGGAUCCCUGGGACAAUACAAGGGGGAAGUCUCUAAUGUUCACGAUGUACAUAUCGAGAACGUUUGGAUGAUGAAUGGAGAUUAUUCCGGUGCUCGUAUCAAAGUCUGGGCCGGAAAUGAAACUGGCACGGGCUUUGUUAACAACGUAACGUUCAAAAACUUCUGGGUCGCACGCAUGGACUACGGAAUUUUCCUCGAUUCUUGCUAUUUCAACAAAUCAGCGGAUGAGUGCAAUGCUCAUCCCUCAGGCAUGCAUAUUACCAACAUACACUUCGAGAACUUCACCGGUUACACGUCUGGUGUUUAUGGUAACGCUGUGGCUCGUCUUUCUUGUUCGUCUGCUGAAGAUGCUGUUUGCGCCAACAUUACUCUCAAGAACUUUGACGUCAAACCACCAUGCGGCGGAGAGCCCGUGGUUAUCUGCGAUGGGAUGCAUGGCGAUGUUGGUGUGAACUGUGUUCCAUAUGAAAGCGAUGAGGCUCAAGUUGCACUAAAGGCAAAAUGUGAAACACCAUUGGUGCCUAUCGACACGGAUCCUUGGGGCAGUGGAUUAAUUGAGAAGAAGAAGGGUGCCUUUCAUACAGAGUAG